UUUAGAAAAAAAAUACCUCACUUAAUAUCCUCAUUAUCUUCUCCCUCCACAGUCUCAAACCAGAUUUUCCGUCUUCUCCAAUUCCCCAAAAUGAGGUUUUGAGGAUCAUUUUUUUUUUCAGAAAUCGAAUUCCAGAGUCGCGGUCUCUCUCUCUCUUGAGUCUGAACUCUGAAGCCUUUGUUACCAACCGGCUGCGUUAUCUUGUUCUUGUUCGGUAACAAAACUAUUUGUUGAUUAACAAUUGGUAAUUUUCUGGGCAGUCUGAACUCUGAAACUAGUGCUGUAAUGGGAAUGUUUGUUGAUUAACAAUUGGUCAAGAACAUCUUACCUUGUGCUGUAAAGAAACUGAUUGUUGGAUUAACAAUUGGUUAAAGAACAUCUUACCUUGUGCUGGGUAACAAAACUGUUUGUUGAUUAACAAUAGUUUAAGAACAUCUUCUGAAAAUGCCAGCAUUGUUGUCAUCACGCUUGCUUUUCCUAGUAGGGGAGUCUUUACCAUUGGGGAGAUUAUUACUUGUUCCUAGAACAGCUUGUUACCCCAGAAAUGUUCGGUUUCUUAGUAGAUUAAGGAACGAAAAUACCCCACUUACUCUUGCUAGCCUCGGGUUUAGAGAUAAAGUGGAAACAAGUAAAGGGAGUGAAGUUGAUAGAGUUGGUGAGUUGAAUCCUACUACAAUUGAAGUGCCGAAAAGGAAAACAAAGCUAGUUCGUGUCAAAGAAGCUAGUGUGAAUACUGUGAGAAACUCCAUUGAAAUAGAGGGAGCUCCAUUUGCUGCCGAAUCAUUUCCUGAAAUAGGACUUCCACCAUUGUUGUUACGGAGAUUAGAAGAGGAAGGUUUUACAGUUCCUACUGAUGUACAAUCAACUGCAGUUCCAACUGUUUUGAAAGGGCAUGAUGCUGUGAUCCAAUCCUACACUGGGUCCGGGAAAACUCUCGCGUAUUUACUUCCAAUACUCUCCGAGGUGGGCCCUCUUAAGAAGAAGCAAUCUGGUAUUCCGGAAGAUUCUGGAAAGAAGAAGGAUGUGGAAGCGGUUAUCGUUGCUCCUUCUAGGGAACUGGGAAUGCAGAUUGUUCGGGAAGUUGAGAAGCUAUUGGGACCCACACAUAAGAGAAUGGUUCAGCAGUUGGUAGGGGGUGCUAACAGAUCGAGGCAGGAAGAAGCUCUUAAGAAAAACAAGCCCGCCAUUGUUGUUGGUACACCAGGCCGCAUAGCUGAGAUUAGUGCUGCUGGUAAGCUUCAUACACAUGGAUGUCGGUUUUUGGUGUUGGACGAAGUAGAUGAACUUCUUGCGUUCAACUUUCGUGAAGAUAUGCACAGGAUUCUGGAACAUGUCGGGAAAAAGAAGUCAGUAGUUGGUUCCCAAACGGGGAACAACCCUCGAACUGAACGGCAAACUAUAAUGGUGUCUGCAACUGUGCCAACUUCAGUAGUAAGAGCGGCUUUAAGCUGGGGAAGAGACCCGGUUCUUGUCAGAGCCAAAAGUGUGACCCCACUUGAUUCAACCCCGAACCCGACAUCUGGCCCGGUGAAUUCAGUAAACUCCAAGAACUCGAACUCACCAUCUCCCGCAUCAUCUGAGAGUUUACCACCGCUUCUGAAGCAUUAUUACUGCACAGCUAGGUUACAGCACAAGGUUGAUACAUUAAGAAGAUGUGUUCAUGCACUUGAUGCUAAGUAUGUUAUAGUGUUCAUGAACUUAAACAGACAGUUGAAGGACACUGUGUACAAGUUGGAGGCGCGUGGGAUUCAAGCUGCAGAACUUCACGGGGAUUUGAACAAGCUGGCCCGGUCAACUGUUCUAAAGAAGUUCAAAAAUGGGGAGUUGAGAAUACUCGUGACGAACGAGCUCGCUGCAAGAGGUUUGGAUGUUGCAGAGUGUGAUCUUGUUGUGAAUUUUGACUUGCCCACGGACUCGAUUCACUAUGCACAUCGGGCUGGAAGGACGGGCCGGCUAGGAAGGAAGGGUGUUGUGGUUAGCAUUUGUGAACAGCACGAAGUUUUCGUGAUGAAGAAGAUUCAAAAGCAGCUCGGGGUGGCCAUUCAGUCGUGUGAAUUCGUGGAAGGUAAACUUCUUGUUGAGGAAGAGAUGGAGAAGAGAAGCACCGAACAUGAAGAGAACAGAGGCGAUCAAAAUUUGGGCCGGGUCGGGUUUUAGCACAAAACUCGUGCCCAAACCCAUAAACUUGAUGCAGGCUUUUGGGCCGGGCUUAGGCUCUGGUCUAAAAUGGGUAUUUGGGGAUGCCCGAACCCAUACUUUUUUGGGUCGGGCUAUAGUUGAUCAGGUCUAGAAGAGAAUUAGCAGGAUUAACCUUUCGAUUGUAUACCUCUUUGUUUAGUGAACUGAAGAAAGUCGUGUUUUUUCAUUCAUAUGUAGUAUGUAUACUUCUUUGAAUCUUUCUGACAUUAUUACGGAGUAGGUUUUUGUGUUUAUACUGAGAAAUAAACUCGAAUUUGAUCCAAGUUCAACGAAUUUUGUCAUUCAA